AUGCUCCCCGACAACUCACUUGCUGUUGUCGUGUUGUCUGUCGAGCUUGAACUGGUUGGAAUGAAUCUCACUCCGCAGAGCUCGUGAGAUCGGCUGACGCGAUCUGAUAAGAUCACGUCUACGCCGGAUUUAAAGUUCAGUCCAUAAAAGCAAGCUGGGUUAAGCUAUGUCAGAGGUGGAAGAAGGCCCUCCCGGGCGCAACAUGCCCGCCUCAGCCAUCAGGCCUCUGAGAAGAAAUGAGCUUCGCGGUUUUGGCCCCGGGCGCCCUGGGCAGCGACUUAUCAAGAAAUGGCCAUGGCGGUCUACGUCGGUUAAGAAAUGUAAACGUUUGAAAACGCUUAGGGGCGCCAUUUAUCUACCUCUGAGCUAUGUGAUCAUUUCUACCUAUUUCGAAUUUAAUUCAUUUCGACUUAUCUACUCAGCGGGGCGUGGCGCCCCGGGGCGAUUGUUCAAAACAGUUUUGGUCUGCCCAAACGUCAUUUCAAUUGAAUUUUACGUCAAACAACAUUUUUAAUCGAAUCCAGUUUUUUUUUCCGUUAAAUAUUCAUUAUUCAUAGAAGAUUUAUAGCGGAUACUUUCUGGUGGUUCUCUCAAAGGAGCUUCAGAUAGACGUGAGGAUGUUGCGGAGUCUCGUGAACUCCUUCGAGUGCGACUCCUUCGAAACCCUCGUCGACUACGACAUGCCGCGUGACGUCACCUUCAAGAAGCUCGCCAAGGUCUCCGACAGAACCGUCGUUUUCUGCCAGCAGCUCUUCGACCAGGACGAAGUUGUUAAGGUGAAAUUAGGCCUUUCAUCUGAAAAAUUUUAAAAAAGCAUUUAGGGCUCUGCGAUUUUUGCUCUUGGUGGCGGUUUCAAUGCGUUCUAUCGGAGGAAAUGUUCCGUCGAUAUUGGACUGAGAAAGGAGGCCGCCGGGUACACGGUCGAGUUGCACGCGUUCGUCGGAUCCGAAGAGCCUAAUUUGGAUGAGAUCAAGAAGAUUUUAGAGGAGACCUUCGUGAGUACCAUUCUCAUUCCUUCUUCGCCUCAAAAAUAACGUUCCGCAAGACGAAGCCGGGCAAAAAUAUUGAGGAAAAGUAUAUUCCGUUUUUUUUUCUAAAAAAUUAAGAACAGUUGAUCGGAGGCAUCUUUUUUUCACCUAGUUGACUGUUUUUGUCAUUUUUUAUUUCGAAGUCGGCAUUCCAAAUAAAUUUUCAAUGUUUUUGUAAAAAUACAAGUCAAUAUAUUUCAUAGCUUUCCUUCCGGAAAAAAUCGUCUUCACAAUGUUUUUGAGGACCCAUUGCCGCCUGGAAAAGUCCGAUGUACUUCUGGGCCUUUCGAUCCAAAAAUGGUGAAGUUUUUGGUUGAGCAAGGCUUGGACCUCUUUGAUUCUUCUUAUGCCGUCUCACUCGCCGAAAAAGUUUAGUUUAUGUUGGAUUUUCUUCAAAAUUCGAAACUUUUUGUAGAAUUCGGCGUUUCGUUUGGCUGACGACUACCCCGCAUCUUCAUCGUUUGUUCUGACGAAUUUUGAGGACGAAAAGUUGGUUUUUUUUUGUGUAAAGAUUUCUCACUAGUACGAAAUGAUAUAUUUUUAGUUCUCGGAAUGAGAGGUUUGAAGAACAAACCUGAAAAAACCGUUGAAAAAUUACCUGGAUAAGUUUUUUCACCGCUCCAAAGAUAGCAAGUGAAAAAAAACCUGUUUAGUGGAAAAAGAAUAAGAAAAAGAUUAAAGAUAGCUUCUGCAGAUACGCCGACGAUUUCACGAAACCUUUCGAAGACUGCAGUUGCUACACUUGUCAGAAUUACACGAAAGGAUAUUUGCAGCAUUUGGUCAACACCAAGGAACUUUUAGCUUCGAUUCUUCUUGUGAUGUACGUUUUCAUCGAAAAUCAUGCAUAUGAUCCGAAUUUCAUCUUUUUUGAGAUGACUUUUUCAGCCACAACAUGACGGAGUACGAUCGGAUGUUCCAAUUGAUCCGAGCUGCCUUGUCGAUUUCAGACGAUCAAUGA